UUUUUCCUGCCCUCACUACCUGUGAUCUUUGUAAGUUUUUUUUUUCUCUCUCCAUUAAACCUUCAAAUUCAUUUGCCAUCUCUGUGUUCAACACAUCACGUUAAUCUCACUGAAAUGUUUCGGGUUUUGUCAAGUGAUUUCCAAGACGGUGUUUUUCAACCCGGGACCUCAAGGCGCACUGCCCUGCAUGUUUUAGACGUUUCCCUGCUUCAGCACACAUGAUUUCAAUUGAUGACUGAUGAACAGACUUCUGCCGAACUGCAAACAUCCGAAUGGGAAACAUGUAAAGCAUGCAGGUAAAUGUGCCUUGAGGACCAGAGUUGUUGACUUUACAUAAAACAAAACAAAACAAAAAUUGUCCCAGUUCUUAAACAUUCCCCGAACCCAUAAGAAUGACAUACAGUUAUAUGCAACUUUUUGUGUGUUAAGGUUACAUUUGCUACUUGCCGUAUGCAAUUAAGUGUUUCCAUAAGCUUUAAGUAUAAAACAUUAUUCCGUUGAAACGAAGCAGAAAGCUUUUACUGCGAAAAUAAAUCGGUUUCGAUUCCGGUCUGCUGCUGCUGUCUAAAACCGGUCCUUCUUUUGACUGAGCUGGAUCAUCAGGUGGUCGCUGGCUGACUGGCCGAACUGAUCCCAGAACAGGCGGGUUUUUCAGCACCGCGGUCAGCUCCGAGCCCUGCCUCUUCCUCCUGCAGGCAGCGGAGCAUCAACACAUCAGCGCUUCCUCCAUCUGCGACCCCUCCCCUUUUAAAUGUGCUCUCCUGAUAAAUCCUUCUUAUCUGUCACACACUGCUGGAGUUACAAGGAUUUGAACAUCACGCAACCAAGAAGACCCAACAGUGUUUCCGGGUUUUUUUCUUCUCCUUUUUUCUAGCUGAGAUCGGCUGCAGAUUUCCCCCCACCAGCAGCCUGUGGCGUUAAUCAGGCACCGUUUGUGCCUCUUUCCCUCUGUGGCUCCAAUUAAUGCAGUUUUGUUUAGCCUAACAGUAGUUUUAUUUUAGACUCCAGCAGCAUGUUGGAUCCGUCUUCCAGUGAGGAAGAAGGGGACGAGGUGGUCGAGGUGGAGCACAAAGAGGUGACCGCCUCGAAGAGCCUCGGAGGAGCCCGACGGCCACCGGGCCGAUCCGCCGACGAUCAUGGCGGCGGAGGGCUUCAGCCACGGGGCCGCGGCAGCGCCGGUGGCCGACCCUCCAGCCCCAGCCCUUCGGUGGGCAGCGACAAGGAAAAGGAGGACCUGGAGAAGAUGCAGAGAGAGGAGGAGGAGAAGAAAAAGCGGCUCCAGCUGUAUGUGUUUGUGAUGCGCUGCAUUGCUUAUCCGUUCAACGCAAAGCAACCCACCGACAUGGCCAGGAGGCAGCAAAAGAUCAGCAAGCUGCAGCUUCAGACUGUCAAAGAUCGCUUUCAGGCAUUCCUCAGUGGAGACACUCAGAUUGUGGCUGAUGAGGCUUUCAUCAACGCUGUUCAGAGCUACUAUGAGAUCUUCCUGAAAAGUGACCGUGUGUCCCGGAUGGUGCAGAGUGGUGGUUUUUCGGCGAGCGACUCUCGUGAGGUUUUUAAGAAGCACAUCGAAAAGCGCGUGCGCAGUCUGCCCGAGAUCGACGGCCUGAGCAAAGAGACCGUGCUGAGCUCGUGGAUAGCUAAGUUUGACACCAUCUACCGAGGGGAAGAAGAUCCCCGGAAGCACCAGCAGAGGAUGACUGCAAGCGCCGCCUCCGAGCUCAUCCUCAGCAAGGACCAACUGUAUGAAAUGUUCCAGCAGAUUCUGGGGGUCAAGAAGUUUGAGCACCAGCUGCUCUACAAUGCCUGUCAGCUGGACAAUCCUGAUGAGCAGGCGGCUCAGAUCAGAAGGGAACUGGAUGGACGGCUGCAGAUGGCAGAUCAGAUCGCUCGGCUUGGAGGAAGGUUUCCAAGAUUCGUUUCCAGAGAGAUGGAGGCCAUGUACAUCGAGGAGCUGCGCUCGUCUGUCAACCUGCUGAUGGCAAACCUGGAGAGCAUGCCGGUCUCCAAGGGCGGCGAGUUCAAGCUGCAGAAGCUGAAACGAGGACACAACACCUCCAUUAUGGACAUGGGUCAGGAGGAUGAAAAUCUGCUGUCCAAGUCAGACGUGGUCCUCUCAUUCACUCUGGAGGUGGUGAUAAUGGAGGUUCAGGGUCUGAAGUCCUUGGCUUCAAACAGAAUAGUUUACUGCACCAUGGAGGUGGAAGGAGGACACAAGCUGCAGACGGACCAAGCUGAGGCCUCCAAACCAAUUUGGGGAACCCAAGGUGACUUCACCACCACCCAGCCUCUGCCUGCUGUGAAGGUGAAGCUGUUCACUGAGAGCACAGGAGUGCUGGCUUUGGAGGAUAAGGAGCUCGGAAGGGUUGUGCUUCACCCGACUCCCAACAGUCCCAAACAGUGUGAGCUCCAUAAGAUGGCAGUGUCUAAAGGCUGCCCAGACGAGCUCAAGAUAAAACUAGCCAUCCGCAUGGAUAAGCCACAGAACAUGAAGCAUUGUGGGUAUCUUUGGGCUAUUGGCAAAAAUGUGUGGAAAAGAUGGAAGAAGAGAUUCUUUGUCUUGGUACAGGUGAGCCAGUACACCUUUGCGAUGUGCAGCUACAGAGAGAAGAAGGCCGAGCCGGUGGAGCUUCUGCAGCUGGACGGCUACACUGUGGACUACACUGACCCUCAGCCAGGUCUGGAAGGCGGCCGGACGUUCUUCAACGCUGUGAAAGAGGGCGACACUGUGAUAUUUGCCAGCGACGACGAGCAGGACCGCAUCUUAUGGGUGCAGGCCAUGUACAGGGCCACCGGCCAGUCCCACAAGCCGGUGCCCCCCACCCAGGUCCAGAAGCUGAAUUCCAGGAGCGGCACUGCCCCGCAACUCGAUGCGCCCAUAUCCCAGUUCUACGCUGACCGGGCCCAAAAGCACGGCAUGGAUGAGUUCAUCUCGGCCAACCCGUGUAACUUUGACCACGCCUCCCUGUUUGAGUUAGUGCAACGCCUCACCUUGGACCACAGACUAAAUGACUCCUAUUCCUGUCUGGGUUGGUUCAGUCCCGGCCAGGUGUUUGUCUUGGAUGAAUAUUGUGCCCGCUAUGGAGUCAGAGGCUGCCAUCGGCACUUAUGUUACCUUAGUGAUCUGCUGGAGAGGGCCGAGAAUGGAGCCAUGAUUGACCCCACGCUGCUUCACUACAGCUAUGCUUUCUGUGCCUCCCACGUACAUGGAAACAGACCCGAUGGGAUCGGCACGGUGACUGUGGAGGAAAAGGAGCGUUUUGAAGAAAUCAAAGAGAGACUACGAGUGCUUCUGGAGAACCAGAUUACACAUUUCAGAUACUGUUUUCCAUUUGGACGACCAGAGGGAGCACUGAAAGCAACUCUGUCCUUGCUUGAACGGGUUCUGAUGAAAGAUGUUGUGACACCAGUCCCACAAGAAGACGUCAAAGCUGUGAUCAGGAAAUGUCUGGAACAGGCUGCCAUAGUCAACUACCAACGCCUGUCAGAGUACGCAAAACUGGAAGGGAAAAAAAGAGAGAUGUAUGAGCAUCCUGUCUUCUGCUUGGCGUCUCAAGUGAUGGAUUUAACUAUUCAAAAUGUAGGCCGGUUAGUCACCCCUGCCAAAAAGCUGGAGGACACUAUCCGUUUGUCUGAGCUGGUUAUCGAGGUGCUUCAGCAGAAUGAGGAACACCAUGCUGAGGGAAAAGAGGCCUUUGCGUGGUGGUCGGACCUGAUGGUGGAGCACGCCGAGACCUUCCUGUGUCUUUACUCGGCCGACAUGGACGCAGCCCUUGAAAUCCAGCCGCCUGACAGCUGGGACAGCUUCCCGCUUUUCCAGCUGCUCAAUGACUUCCUGAGAGUGGAUUACAACCUGUGCAAUGGAAAGUUCCACAAACACCUCCAGGACCUGUACGCCCCUCUGGUGGUGCGAUACGUGGACCUGAUGGAGUCGUCCAUCGCUCAGUCCAUCCACAGAGGCUUUGAAAGAGAGUGCUGGGAACCAGUAAACAAUGGCUCAGCAACUUCAGAGGACCUGUUCUGGAAGCUGGACGCUCUGCAGACGUUCAUCAGAGAUCUCCACUGGCCGGAAGAAGAGUUCGGCAAGCACCUAGAAACCAGGCUGAAGCUGAUGUCCAGUGACAUGAUAGAAUCCUGUAUAAAACGGACACGGGCAGCAUUUGAGGCCAAGCUGCAGAGAAGCAGCCGGACCACAGAUUUCCGCGUGCCUCAGUCCAUCUGCACCAUGUUUAAUGUCAUGGUGGAUGCCAAGUCCCAGUCGGCCAAACUGUGUGAGGUGGACCUCGGUCAGGAGAGACAAUACCACUCCCAAAUCGACCAUCUGAUUGAGGAGACGGUGAAGGAGAUGAUUACUCUUUUGGUUGCAAAGUUUGUGGUCAUUCUAGAGAGUGUGUUAUCUAAACUCUCUAGAUAUGAUGAAGGGACCCUCUUCUCUUCCUUCUUAUCUUUCACAGUAAAAGCUGCCUCAAAGUAUGUGGAUGUACCUAAGCCAGGGAUGGAUGUCGCAGACUGCUAUGUCACCUUUGUUCGUCAUUCCCAGGACAUGCUGCGCGAGAAGGUCAACGAGGAGAUUUACGUCGAGAGACUUUUUGACCAAUGGUACACCAGCAGUAUGAAUCUUAUUGGAACAUGGCUGACUGACCGUAUGGAUCUGCAGCUGCAUGUCUACCAACUGAAGAUACUCAUCAGGAUUGUCAAAAAAAAGUACCGUGAUUUCCGUCUCCAGGGAGUUCUGGACUCAACAUUGAACUGUAAGAUGUAUGAGACCGUAAGAAAUCGACUGACCUUAGAAGAAGCUACCGCUUCGGUGAGGGAAGGAGGGAUGCAAGGCAUUACAAUGAGGGACAGCGAUGAAGAUGAUAAUGAUAACUAGAUCAAAGAUCCGGUUGCUACCAGAAUGUCAAAAUGGUAUGGAACAUUCCAAUAACCCCAAGUUGUCUUUUCUUGAGUUCAGAACAGAUUAUCCAGUCAGUCUGCUUUUUUUUUUUUUUUUUUUUUUUUUUUGUUACAUGGUCAAUUAAUAAACAUUUCUGUAAAAGUUAUUACAAAAUGAGAACGCUUUGUGGUGAUCAAAAACUGUUAUCAAAAUAUAAACAGUGCAUCAUCUCUCACAAUGCUGGCCAACUUUUCAUUGGUCUCUGAAACACAAACCAGCUGAUGAAAUAUGAAGUCCUUUUCACCUGUUUUUGCUACUGAAACUUGAAAAACCCUAACUAGCAAUCCACAAACAAGUGAUUGGUGUCUUAAAAAAAAAAAAAAAAACAACUGAUAAUUGAUAUUCAUCCCUGAAGUAAAUGGCUCGGCAGUUAUCAUGGCACCUAUUAUCAGUAAUGGAAAGCAUGACAGAGUGCUAAAAAGGUUGAUUUAGAGGUCGUAAAGACUCGUCGCUUUCACUGGUAACUUAUCUGAUUGACUCUCAGACCCGAAUCUCUGCUAUAUUUGUUUCAUUUGAUGUGAACAUUUGCCUUCUCAGAUGAGGCCCCCAAACCAUAGAAACCAUCAGGACUAAGUGCAACAGCUUGUAAACAACAGUUACUUCACUCCAGAAAAUGUUAUAUUGGUUAAAGUAACUGCAGAGGACACGCACAC